AUGAACGGCGAAGGACACGUGACAUGCGCCGUAAAGAAGGAGUGUGCAGAUAAUUUCCUUACCAUUGCUGAUACCAACGGAGAGGUCUGCCGCAACUAUGAGCCCGUGACUUGUGUUCGCGAGGAUAUUGAUGAGCACACCGUGGGAUUCUCCGCUAAUGUUGGCGGGACUACUGGUGAACGCUACAGCUUCGCCUUCUGCCAGAUUUUGGGCGACAGCGUCGAAUUCAUUAUCGACUGGGAGGGUGAGGGUAAGUGCCGACUAUUUCUUCUAUAG